AUGACAUUCAACAAUCUACCACUUGUCAUUGCCUGUCUGGCCUUGUUGGUAGUCCAGUGCACUGCUUUUACCGUUUCUCCAUCCGCCUUGAGUCGCGGCGCCACAACGUCCAUUCCAAGACCUCUGGUUGCCCCAUUAUUUGCCGAAGAAGGAGAAGAGACGGAACAGGAUGGCGACGCUGAUGGCGAAGCUGCUGCCGAAGAGGAAGAAGCUGAACAAGAGGAUCCUGAAGUGAAGGCACUCAAAGAUGAAAUUGCUGACUUGGAAAAGACGCUGAAGGAGAAGAAAUCCCAAAUCCAAUACCUCAGCGAUCAAACGGACACCUACAGCAAGGCAGGAUAUGCUCGAAAAGUGGCAGAAAUGGAAAACAUGCGACGAAUGAGAAGUUCCAUGGCAUCUUCCAACCAAGAAACCAGUGUCGCCACUGUGCUGCGAAACUUUUUGCCAGUCAAGGAUAUUCUUGACAAGCUGCAGGAUAAGCACAGCCAGGAUGAAUUUGGAAAGCAAUAUGGAGCAUUGGCAGGCAAUUUUAACACGGCAAUGACGCAACUUGGAGUGUCCGAAUACACUGCUACUGAAGGUGAACCCGUGGACCGAACACGAUACUUGGUGGUGGAAGAGGAAUUGAGCCCCGAUGUGACAGAAAGCACCGUGCUUCGAACACUCAAAAAUGGUUUGGAAUUGAAGGGGAAUGUCGUUCGACUGGCCGAAGUAGUGGCCAAGAUCAAACUAGAAGAGGAGGCAGAAGAGGAACCAGCUGCUGAAGAAACAGCAGAGGCGGCAGCUGAAGGAGAAGCGGAGGCAAGCGAGUAA